ACUUGUGUGCUGUUUGUACAGUUCAUAGAAGCUAUCGUGGUGUUGGUGCGCCAGACCUCGCACGUCCGCAUAACGAGAGCUCUGCGCUGUAUCUUCCUGGUGGACUGCCGCUACUGCGGGGCAGUCAGGAGAAACCUGCGUCAGAUCUUUCAGUCCCUCCCACCAUUUAUUGACAUUCUUCUCCUUCUGCUUUUCUUCAUGGUGAUCUUUGCCAUCCUGGGUUUUUACUUGUUUUCUCCAAAUCACUCGGAUCCCUACUUCAAUACCUUGGAGAACAGCCUCGUGAAUCUCUUUGUACUUUUGACCACUUCAAACUUCCCUGAUGUGAUGAUGCCAUCUUAUGCUCGGAACCCUUGGUCGUGUGUCUUCUUCAUAGUGUAUCUCUCCAUUGAGUUGUACUUCAUUAUGAACUUGCUUCUUGCUGUUGUGUUUGACACUUUCAAUGACAUUGAGAAGAGGAAGUUUAAGUCCUUGCUGCUGCACAAGCGCACAGCCAUCCAGCAUGCCUACCGCUUGCUCAUCACCAAACAGGGGCCACCUGGAAUUUCCUUCAGGCAUUUUGAAGGGCUGUUGCGGUUUUACAAGCCUCGGAUGUGCAGCCGGGAGCGAUAUCUCACUUUUAAAGCACUGAAUCAAGGCAAUACUCCUUUACUCAGUCUGAAAGAUUUUUACAAUUUCUAUGAAGUUGUUAGCUUGAAAUGGAAGGCAAAACGAAAUCGUGAGCACUGGUUUGACGACCUUCCACGGACAGCAUUCCUUAUUUUUAAAGGCAUCAACAUCCUUGUGAAUUCCCGUCUAUUCCAAUACACCAUGUAUACUGUGGUGGCUGUGAAUGGAAUUUGGAUUCUUGUUGAAACCUUCAUGCUGCAAGGAGGGAAUUUCUUCUCCAGAAAUGUCCCAUGGAGCUACAUCGUCUUCCUCACAAUCUAUGGUGUGGAGCUGCUCCUGAAAACCACUGGACUGGGGCCCGUCGAGUACCUGUCCUCAGGCUGGAAUCUCUUUGACUUCUCGGUCACCCUCUUUGCAUUCCUGGGGCUCAUGGCACUGGCAUUCAACAUGGAGCCGUUCUACUUCAUUGUUGUCUUGCGACCUCUUCAGCUGCUGAGACUCUUUAAAUUGAAGAAACGCUACAGGAAUGUCCUGGACACGAUGUUUGAGCUGUUCCCUAGGAUGGCCAGCCUAGGUUUAACCCUGCUGAUCUUCUACUAUUGCUUUGCCAUCGUUGGCAUGGAAUUCUUUGCUGGUGUGGUCUACCCGAACUGCUGCAACACAAGCACCGUGGCGGAUUCGUACCGCUGGGUGAACCACACAGUUGGUAACAAGACAGUUGUGGAAGAAGGCUAUUACUAUCUCAACAACUUUGACAACAUUUUGAACAGCUUUGUUACACUGUUUGAGUUGACAGUCGUCAAUGAUUGGUACAUAAUCAUGGAAGGGGUGACAUCUGAAACCACUCACUGGAGCCGCCUGUAUUUCAUGAUCUUCUAUAUUGUGACCAUGGUGGUGAUGACAAUCAUUGUGGCAUUUAUUCUGGAGGCUUUUGUCUUCCGCAUGAACUACACUCGGAAGAACCAAGAUUCAGAAGAAGACAAUGGCAUUGUGCUGGAGAAGGAGAUCUCCAAGGAGGAAGUGAUUGGGAUAAUUGAGCUGUACAAGUGGAGUUCAGCUGCCACUGAAAUUUCUCAGCUGCAGAAGAUUGUUUUGCAGAUGGACAAACACGGGCAAGUGUCAACGCUGUUUCUGGGACGCAGAUCAAGGACCAAGAGUGACUUGAGUAUGAAGAUGUAUGAGGAGGAGAUUCAGGAAUGGUAUGAGGAACAUUCCAGGAAAGAGGAAUCCCAGAUACCUUUGCAAGAGUCUGCAUCUGCUUCCCAGAGCUCUCUGAAACCCCUGAGCCUCCGACAACGUUCCCAGACCGUCAUCUAGGCCUGGCUAGUGCAAGCUGCCUUCUAUGCAAUAACCUAGAGUAUUACUUCACAGCAUAUAUGUUGGGAUGAUGUAUAUAGAUCUGUUCCAUGUACUGGUUUGUGUUAGGGAUAGAAGCUCUUCUGUUAAGUGCAAAAAAACAGGUGGACUCUGCUACAACCAGACUGAGCAUGAUGCUGUGCUCAGCACAGUGAUCUUCUUGGACAGAAAUGGAGACCUUCUUCCUCUGAGCUGCUUCCCAAGCUCAAUCCUGCUGUUUGUCUUAGCAGUAACAGACCCUGGGGAAAGGGAUGUGUAAUCCAUUAAGAGCAGGAAGUGUGCUGAGGCUACAUGCUUACAAUUUAAAAAAGAAAAAAAAAAAAAAGGCCCUUUUUGAAGGUCUG